AUGAACGCAAGGGAAGUGGAUCAGAGACUCAAAAACAGUGGAAAGUGUCAUAUUGUUGUUAAUUCACAAUCAGAAUGGAAAGGAAAAGUGAAACAGGAGGAGGAAAAGGAAAAGAGCAGAGUGAGAGUCAUCAGCCUCCUCAUAUUUCACCCAUGUAUCCAGUGACACACAAUGCUUAUGGUGGCGGAUUGUACGGAACCGAUCAGGGACAGGCGAAGAAACCUGAAAACCCGCCCGCCAGUGAGACCCAAAGUGCUGAUGGGCCCAAUGAAGCCAAGAACGAGCCCAAGCACAAACCCCCUCCAUCAUCCGGUGAUCGAGACAUUGAUAUCACCGGCCAAUCUUAUAUCCAGUAGAUCGUCGCCGCCGCUUUUAUAAUUUAGUCUCUGUAUUAGUUUCCUUUUCGACUGCUUGGCUAAGCUUGUGAAAUAGUAAUUAAUUAAACGGUAUGCUCUCAUAUUUUGGUUUCUGUU